AAUCUUCGAAAGACACCUAACCUAAACCUCCACGUAAGCUAAACCUAACCUAAACCAACGAGUCGAACAUGUCUAACGUUUGGAAUUUUCUCUUCGUUCGAACAUUUUUGCUCAUAAUCAACUCUCUCUGCUUCCAGGUUCGGAGUUCAUCCGAAGACAAAGUUCAGAACAAUGAGAAUUGGUCCGAGUCUGUUGACAACAAGCCUGACUCUCCUUUAUUUGAUCGGCGUGGCAGAGAAAACCGUGCUGGCUAUCGAGGAGAGCCCGGCUUCGUCGAUGAAUCUUCAGCAUUACAACACGAUGUUGAAUUCCAUGGGGCUGGACGACCCCCUGCCCGAGAAGAGAGCGUACACCUACGUCUCCGAGUACAAGAGGCUGCCGGUGUACAAUUUCGGCAUUGGGAAACGUUGGGUCGACGCGAACGACAACAAGAGAGGGCGGGAGUACUCGUUCGGCCUUGGCAAACGCAGACAGUACAGUUUCGGCCUGGGGAAGCGUAACGACAACGCGGACUACCCGGUCAGAUUGAACGUGGACUAUCUUCCGGUGGACAAUCUGGCUUACUACACGCAGGAGAACCUGGACGACCUGUUGGAGGAGAAGCGUGGCAAGCCUUACAGCUUCGGACUCGGGAAGAGGGCGGCGCACGCGAAUGGCGGCGGACAGGCGAUCGGCUCGAAGAGACCGAACGAUUUGCUCAGCCAGAGAUACCACUUCGGCCUCGGCAAGAGGAUGCCCGAGGACGAGGAGGACUCGUCGCAAUAGGACACCGGUCGUUUUCGAACCGCCUCGCCGACCCAUAUGCCAAUGUAGCCCUAAUUCGAUGUCGCAGAGUUUUGUUGCCAGACGAUGCAUACCGAUAUAAAAACACACACACACA